CUAUCGAAAACAUAUACUAUCAAAUGAAUUUGGACCAUUAUAUGUGUAUCUUUCUUCGAGUUUUAAAAACUGAAAUCCUACUGAUACAAAAGUCGGAAGUCUGAUGUAAUCAUAAAAUAUCAUAACCGCUGUUAAUGAAAUAAUUUGCAAAUGAAAUUCCAAGAGCAU